CACCAUCAACUAAAGCUGGGAAGAGAUAGCACAGCAUUCAAGGGAGAGAGACUCCAGUACGUGCGAAGUGGAUAUUACCAACAAUAUAUAUACUAAAUUACUCUCCUUUAUAUUACACCCUGUAAAAAUUACACAGCACCCAUUUAAAUAAUAAUUACCACCAUUUAUAAUUACCCUUUAAUAUAACUUACCAGAAAACAACGAUCAGUGACAGUGAUCCAGUGUUUACAGUGAAGAUCAGAUGUCAGUUUCGGAGUUAAUUUUUAAAAAUAAAUAAACAAACAAACAAUUACUGCUGGGUGUUUUGACAAUGCCACGGAUUACAGUAUUAUGACCAUGUAUCACACGAGGUCAGUUCAUUACCGUCGUUGAAAACAUCAGCAGUAGCUGGAGAAAGAGACCAUAAAACGUUAUAUAUAUCUUAAUAAAUUUUCCUCCGCUGAGCACUACCUAGACUUUUAUUUGACAUCAAUUGGUACUCGAGACAAAGCAAAGUAUUUGCUGUAAAAAAACGUAAAUAAAUAAUAGGACACAGUAGUCGAAAUCAUGUGGUGGUCGUAGUCGAGAGACACGAGACAACCACGCGAUACAUCCAGGUGGAUAAAGAUCAAUCAACCACGAGGAGUUACUUUCAAAAGAAUUUAUUUUAAACGCUGGCAAUACUUGAUAACAAAAAUGCCUAACACACUAUCACGAUGAUCUCUUGGAUCAAGUUUCCUCGUGGUUCCUGGGCCUGGAAUAGACACUGACGAUAUGGACACAGUAUGGCUUCGGUACUGUGGCAUGCCUCUGGGAGUAGUUUCGUUUCGCCUGCCAUCAUCUUCCUCCUGUUACUUUGUCCACGUGCUAUCACAGCCCGCGAGGUAAUUGAUGUGCCACUGCCACAGCAAGACUACGUACCAUCCCUAUCUCCACCACCACCGGGACCUUUCACCACUGCCAAGACAUCAAGAUGCGACCAGACAUUCAUCAGCGUACCAGGCAGUCCGGAAAACGGGACUUUUCACGCUCCGCAUUUGAUAAAUCCAAAACGUGAAUCUCAACAAUGCGUCUACACAUUUCUCGCGGGACCUCAUCAACGUGUCGAGGUCAUCUUCACAACAUUUGGUCUCCGUGGCACACCACCAGAUGGAUCUGCCGUUGGGGAAUUGCCUGGGUGUGUACAUGAGUACAUGGAUGUAUACACGCAGAUACGAUCAGAUAACACGACCAAGCUGAUAGAGACACCCUUCGGUGGUCGAUACUGCGGUCCUAUACCACCGAGACGACGAGUAUCUCUCUACCGAGGGAUUGCACUUAGUUUCUACACUGACAAGAAUAUCACUCUACCAACUCUAUUCAGCGGUCGUUAUGCCUUCAUCAAUGCCUCGGAGUAUGAGAUCGGAACACCGGCGCCAAGUACACCCUGUUCUUUCGUCGUCAAUUCAACGAUCAAGCGCACUGGAUCCAUCCUGUCGCCUACUUAUCCUGGCACGUAUCCCAAGGAUCUUAACUGCACCUAUCAAUUCAUCGGCAACAGUGGCCAGAGGAUUAGACUCGAGUUCCGUGAUUUUGAUCUCUUCUACGGAGGUCCCCACUGCCCAUUUGAUUAUGUGAAAGUCUACGAUGGAUUGGACGAAGCGGCUCCGGUGAUAGGAACUUAUUGCGGGCAGCAACGUAACCUGGUGCUAUAUUCUUCCCAGUCAAAUCUGACAGUUCUAUUUUCAACUCUGCAGCGAACCGCGAACACACAAAACCGCGGGUUCAAGGGAAUAUUUGAAUUUUCUGAAAGCUUUGUUAAAUUAGAUUUCAUAAACAAAUCAGGGGGCAUGCACAUACGCGGAUCCGAGUGCGAUCAAAAAAUAUUGAGCACAAGAGAAUCUUCGGGGCAUGUCGUCAGUCCAAAUUAUCCGUUUCCUUACAUUCCAAAAGUCGUCUGUCGGUAUUUUAUAUAUGGUAUGCAAGAUGCCCAGCAUUUAGAGCGCGUGAGACUUGAAUUUUCUACAUUCGACAUCAGUAAGGGCGAGGGAAAAGGAGACUCAGCAUGCACAGACGGUUAUCUCAAAAUCUAUCUAAAAGGCCAAGAAGCCACUGACUCGUAUGACAAAUUUGAUUACGAGUUGUGUGGCAACGAAACAAAUCCGAGCCACGUAGUUAGUGACGGGCCGCGACUCGUCAUGGUAUUCAGCAGCGGGGAACUUAAACAAGGAAGAGGUUUCAAAGCAAGAUACAGCUUUGAAACAGAAUACAAAAUACCGGGUACUGCUGCACCGGACGGCAGUUGCACAUUCACUUAUCGGAGUUCCUCACGGAAGAAAGGUGAAUUCAAUUCACCACGUUAUCCAAGCAAUUAUCCGAGCGAUACCAAUUGCACUUAUCUCUUCUUGGCAACUCCAAAUGAACAAGUAACUCUUGUUUUUGAUCACUUUAAAGUUAGGUCAAAAACAUUAAACUUCACUACUGGAUACUAUGGAGAAGAGAUUUGUCAGGACGAUUGGCUGGAAAUUUAUAACAUGUAUAGAGACAGUACAGAAAAACUGAUUGGAAGAUACUGCGGAAGUUCGGCACCUGGUCCAGUGGAGUCGAAUCUCGGCGCGCUUGGUAUCAAAGUAAUUUUACAUUCAGAUGCGGAGUUGGUUUACAGUGGGUUCAAAGCUCGCUACAUGUUCGAAGUCGCUAAAUCUAUAUUCGGUGAUUGUGGCUCCAACAUCAGCAGUCUCGAGUAUGGCGUAAUAAUGACACCGAAUCACCCCGAUAAUUACGACAGCCCUCUCCGAAAUUUCGCCAGCAAAACCUGCAAUUGGUUCAUAUCUGUACGUCCGAACCAUCAGAUAUUAAUCUACUUCGAAGAUUUCUCCGUCGAAGGUGAACAGUCUGUCAGAGGAUGUCCUGCGGCUGUUUUACGAUUGUGGUUGUCCCCAAUGGCAACUCCAAUUGAAUUAUGCGGCGUCAAGACUACCGAAGGCCCGAAUGAUUAUUUAUCUCAUGAUCACAACAUGCGACUCAGCUUCAUAUCAUCAGAUAAAUCAGUAGGGCAAAAAGGUUUUCGCGCCGUGUGGACUGAAGUAUACAAAGCAAACGAAUGUGAGCCAGACGAGUUCCAUUGUCGUGGAAACAACUACUGCAUUGCAGAAACAUUACGUUGUAAUAACGUAGACAACUGCGGUCCAGAUGAUACGAGCGACGAGGAGAACUGUGCAAUAACAGUGCCUCCAGUAAGUUAUGCGAUACCAGCAGCCAGUGCAGCGGCUGCUGUGCUGAUAGCGUUUGCACUUUGUCUGUUGUGUCAUCGUAAAAUGAAGCGACGAACUGAAGAAGUCAAUAUCGAUGACUUCCAACAGCGUAUCGAGGACAUGCGUUACUGCUAUCACCAUCACACCGUCUUCCAUCGUACACCAAGUACUCACAGUCAUAGCCAUCCAGAUACUUACAAUAAUCAGUAUCACAUGGAACAGCCAAGUCCACCAAGUGAGAGUGAAAUUGAGCAUGUAUGUGCCGAUGACGCGAGUAGUCCAGAAACACCGUGACCAUCGUGCAUAAUUACUGUUACAAUUUGGUGUCACUGUCAUUAUUAUUAUUAUUAUUAUUAUUAUUAUCAUAACAAUAAUAAUAGUUACUACUGUAAGUGUUGGUAUGAAUCCCGACCGUCAUCACCAAAAGCACGUGGGUCAAAUCCGCGUGCUAAUGAAACGCAGACUGUACUAUCGCGCCUAAAGUGUAAUAAAAAAGUUGUUGUUGUUAAUGUUGUUGUUAUCAUGGUUGCUCGAAUCGAUUAUUUCGGCAGCUCAUUAUCCAGCGCCAUCAACAGCCAUUCAUAUAACAAUAAUAUCGAUAUUAAUUAUUGUCAUCAUAUCAAAGGAAUACUGUCACAUUGAUUUCAUUCAUUUUUUUUAAAAUUACAUGUCCUCGUUUAUCCGUCACUUGGAUGAAUGGACCAUAGAUAAAAUUAUCUAAUGACUAAUGACGUUUGUUAUUCACAUGGGCAUCGUUGUAAUUAAAUAUGAACACCAGGCUUGGGAAAAUUAAUUGAAUAAAUAAUUUUUUUGUUAUAAUGGAUAGCAAUCCGGAGUAAACGUGGAGUGGAUGACGGAAAUUUGUAAAAUUCACUCCGCAUUCAUUCCGUUGCUUCAUUCAUUUAAAUAUUUAUGUGGGAGGUGAAAGUAUGAGCGGUUAUAUUGAUUGCCGAUAAUUGGAAAACGUUUAAUAAUUUUGUCGCGCAAUAAAUGAUUAAGCAACAGACGUAUGUAGGCUGGUACCUGCUGAUUAUUUAAAACGACGCGUUCUUUUAAUCCUUUUAUACAUUUUACUGUUACAAAUACGCUGUAUAUUUUACAUUUAACGAUAAAAAAUAAAUACUGUUGUUGCGCGCAAGUUAUUCAAAUACUAAUUGACAUGUGUUCCUUUGUAUAUAUAUAUAUAUAAUAUAUGUAAAAUCUUAUUAUCGAAUGGCCAUCGAUUGUUAUUAUAAAUAAAUUAUAGAGGAUGGCGUUGACCAAGAGCUAUUGUAAGAAAAAAAGUUAAAAAUUAAAAUAAUAACCGAUUGAACAGGCAUUUUAUUAAAUUGGAGUAUUUAGUUUUAAAAUAUAUAUAUAAUAUAAUAAUAAAUAAAUAAAUAAAUAAGACGUGUUGGUCUAACGUUAAGGGUCUAAAAUAAAUAUUUGUCUUGUCAUUAGUUGAUAAUUAUCGUAAUUGUAUACUAUUUGAAGAGAGUAAACGUAUUGGUAAACGAUAACGCUUUUAUUGAUAAAAAAAAAUUUAUAGAAAAAAAAUAUAUGGUAAACAAUAAGGAAAAAUAAGAGUAAUUAAAUUUUAUUAGUCUGCCAAAAUUUUUAUAGAUAAUGAGGGUCCACUCAUAGGGUUCGGCCAGUCAUUAGUAAUUGAUAUAUUUAUUAUUAUGAUUAUUGUAAUUAAUUUAUCAUAUUAUUUAAGCGGCUCGAUUAUUUAAAAUAAAUGCUACGGAAUGUCAAAUAGUAUUAAGUUACUUAAAAAGUAUAUUUAAAAGCGAUACGAGUAGUUUAGCAGAUGUAGUAUCGUACGAAAUACGCACAUCUAAAUUUUGUACAGAUUUAAAAAAAAAUAAAAAUAAAAAAAAAUAAAAAAUAAAAUGCUUUUAAAUUACUGAGACAAAGCACCGGCAUUUAUCAAACGCUUUAUUGUAUCGAGUAAUUUUGAGUAACAACAACUCAUACACAUUAUUUUAUAUAUAAUAAUUAAAUUACUGUGCUCAUAUAUUUUUUUUUUUAAUUUGGAUUAUUAAUUUUUUUUAAUUACCAAAAGAAAAAUGUAAAGAGAGUGUAAAGUUGUAGAAAAUCAAUGGGAAAUCUUUUAAAAAAAUUCUAAAGACAUAGCAGAGAAUGCAGUAUAUUUAUUAUUAUGAUAUAAUAAUAAAACAGUACUAAUUACUGUAAUAAUAAUAAUACCCACAAGUAUAUAUGUAUAUUUCACAUUAAUCGCUGCCAUUGGAGCUAUACCAAAGUAUAUUCUAAACUAUAAAUAAAUAAAUCGUACCAUACAUUAAUGCACUGAAUAGGAGGGAAAAAAAAAUAUUUAAAAAAUUGACAGAGAAAAAAAAACAUUACUCGUAUAAAUAAAUGUCCCGCAAAGUAGUUUGUGUGACGUUUGUUAAAUAAAUAUAAAAAAUAGACGUUGUAAGUGUAAUAAAUAAAUAAUAUUAAUAAUAAUGAAGAUUAAAUACAUGGAUUAUUAAAAUACUGUAAAACUUUUGAAUGAAAUAUAUAUAUAAUACGUCGGAUUAUUUAAAAAUGGACAGAAAUAUAAGCAAAACGAAUAAUAUAAUAUACAAUGAAUAAAUAAAUAAAUAAAAAUUGUAAUAAAAAUAAUAACGAUAAUGUUAUUGAUAAAUAACAAAAAGAAAAGCUGAAAUCCGUUG